ACUAACACAAGCACGGUUUUAAAAGAGAGAACCAGAGUUUUGUUUGUCUUUUUCAGUUUGCGAUUGUGUCUUUAUUGCGAGCGUCUUUAGGAAUUCCAGGUCUCAUCCCAGUAAUUACGUAUUUAUGUUGUUACCACCGGAUUUGCUGUUGUUUUCGAAUCUUGUGCAGUGAUUACAUCACGUCGGAUUAGACAAUAAUUAAUACUCAACCGAGUUUUUCAGUUUAGCUCAUCUCAUCUGUUGUAAAAAAAUGAACGUCAGAAAGUUGAUAGAGCAACGAGCAAAAACCAAAGUAACCAAAGAAAAGGCGGAACUGACUUUAACCAUAGCUGCAAUUUAUUCUGAACAAGGUUCUCAUGAUUCUGCGCUAGUUGAAUACAAAAAGUAUCUUGAACUAUGGGAAUCCAAAGAAGACAAUCUUCAGUGUGCAGUUGCUAACAGGUAUCUAGCAGAGUGCUACAUAGAGAUGUGUGACUUCACUCAAGCGAUUUUUCACACUAAUCGAUAUCUCCAGCUGUCUUUACUUAUUGGGAACAAAACAGAACAACAGAGGGCCUAUGUGACACUAGGCCGAUGCUUUCUAAAUCGUGUGGAGACUUUGAAGGAUGGUUCUUUGAUUGCCAAAAGUCUCAAGUCUGCUAAUCAAGCACUGCUAAAUAGCAUGAAGUUAAUUAGGGAACUGUCUCCUAACUUAGAUGACAAAAAUUCUGCUGAAAUGCGUGCGGUAUCUUUACUUAACCUUGGUCACGUUCAGCGAGCACAACGACUUUAUGACGCUGCUUUCGAAAGUUUUUCACAGUGCAUUACACUAGCACGAAAGUAUAGUUUACAAAAAAUACUUUUUCGUGCUUCUUAUCAAGCUGGUGAAAUGUUGAUAAACAAUAUCCCAACACAUGCCUUCACUGAAUGCUGUCACACUGAAUUUUUAAAACUUAUGAAUCAAAAUGAGACAAAGAAAGCAUUGGAAAUUGUUCAAACCACUUUGUCCUCGCCAUUAUCUAAGCCAUGUGUAGAUAACGAAGCAAAAUUAUUGUAUAUAAAUCUGAAAGAGUUACUUGCUCAGAUCUACCUUUGCUAUGGUAAUAGUCGUAAAGCAAUGAAAGUAUUUCGAUUACUAAAAGUUGAUUCCCCAAGUUCAUCAGAACAAUAUAGGAAAAUGAUCAGAACUAGUUUCCGACUGAUGAAUUUACUAAAUGAAAUUCCGAAAGAAGUCUCUAAUACAAAAGAUUAUAUUGUGUCUUCUCGUGUCCAUGAAAAGUUGGGUGACUUAUAUUCCGGAAUCGAUCUUCAAGGUUGUGCAGUUCGACACUAUAGGUUUAUGUUAGGAUCCUCUGAACUUGCCUAUAAACAAUAUUGUUCAGAAUCAGGAGUUGCUCCAAAUGAAGUUAUCGAACUUGUUGAUGCUGCUUUAAUAUCUGUGGCUGAAACUUAUCGUACACUUGGCUGUUAUGAUCAAUGUGCUGAGAUGUAUAAACGUGAAAUUUUAUGGGCCACAUCCACUGGACUAUCCACAAAGGAUAUAGCUACAAGUUGGUUAAGUUUAGCACAAGCCCAACGUUUAAUUUCAAUAAUCGAUUCCUGUACAGUUUCUAAUGAUAAAAAUAUUGAAGCUGACCAAAAGAUUAUUCUGAAUGGUUCAGCAACUGCAUUAGACUCAUUGUUAUCUGCUUAUAAAGCUUCCAAGUUGACUGGAUCUAUGUCUUUAAUUGCUGAUUGUUUAAAGGAACUACUAGACUACUAUGAACAGUAUAAUCAUAGAGAUAAGUCACAGAAAACACGUCAAGAACUGGAACAAAUUAAACAGACAUGUGAUGCUCAAUCAGAUCAUCAAGAAGAAGAUAACGAACAGAAAGAUGAAGAAGAAGUAGGAGAUAGCGAUAAGAAUACAUCAUCGAUUAGUGAUGAUGAAACUGGUGUUACACAAUUUUUAGAGACACUCUCCUCUGAUUCAGAACUUGAACAGUGUAUAGGAAGUGCAGAACUUAUGGAUGAAUUCCAGGAUACCAUGAAGGGUAAAAAAUCCGGCAAAGCUCUUUGUUUAAAAACCAAUAUGAAGGGUGAAACACCGUUACAUGUGGCUGCAAUCAAUGGUGAUAUGAAUCAUGUAGUAAAAUUAAUUGAAGUCUUGGGUCAUCCAGUAAAUGUACCUGAUGGUGCAGGUUGGCUGCCUAUACAUGAAGCAGCAUUUCAUGAUAGGUCAGAAAUCGCCACUUAUUUACUUGAUCAUGGUGCAAAAAUAGAUGAUACAGGUUAUCCGGACGAUUAUUCCACACCACUUUUUGAAGCCAUUCACAAUGGAGCAUUGACUACUGCGUUGAUUUUUGUAAAUAGGGGAGCAAAUUUAUGGCACAAGAAUAAACAAGGAGAGUAUUUAUCAAAUCUGUUAGACCAAUGGGAACCAACACGUCAUGCGUCUGGAACAUUUGCUGAACAACGCGCUAAAUUCAGUGAACUUUUGGCUGCGAUAAGAAGUCGUCUUGGUGCUGAUUAUGAUAGUUGGUGUAAUCUUAAAAGAGAAACUCCUGAAAACCAUUCCUCCGAUGAUUCCGAGUCAUCAGUAGCAAUGAAAAAUAAUACUAGUAAUCAAAAAUCGUAUUCACGCCAUCCUUGCUCUGGUUCCCGUUCGUCUUCUUUAUGUGAAACCUGGGAUUCAGUACCACCGAUCUCAUCUAAAACAAAAUUCAACAGAAAAUCUCUUCGUAGCCGAAAUUGGGAUGAUUUAAUGGUUGAUUUGGACCAAGAUGAGAACAGUCAACCAUCAUCUCCUGUUAAAUUGAAGAAAUCAGUCAAUGCAGUUGAAUCAUAUAAACAAGCUAUGAAAGCUAUUGGUAGUUCAAAAACACGUUUUGUGGAUAAGUGCGAGUCAUCUGGUAAUACAGACAGUAUGGACUUAGCAAAACGUAGAAAGAAAUCACAUGUAAUCGAUGCAAACGACAAUGAUUGGUUGAUUUUAGACGAAAAACCAAAAGGGUCUCGAUCUGUUUCCAGUACAACUGUGAAAGAACACUUUGAUGCUUUGAAUGUUAAACGUGGAAAAUGUACUGCUACAGCAUCUAGUAAAAAUCGUUCCCGUCAGGAGGAUCUGGAAUUUUUACCACAUAUGGCUUUUACCUCUACACAAAAUGAUAACUUAUCUUCACUCCCACCAGGACCAUCAUCAUCAGUUGUUGGAGGGUCGCAUAAGCAUUUACCACCGAAAUCUACUUCUACGCCGAUUAAAUGUAAUAAACAAUUGAAUCAUUCCUUCAAAGAAUCUUCACAUUCUGGUAAAGAUAGUUCAGUUAAUACGAAUAACUGUCUACCACCAGCUACAGUUAAUAAUGAUCAGUUAAAACUACCCAAACUCCCUACGAAUGAAUUUCCAGAAACAACAUCUUGUUCAGUUAAAGUAGCGUUUUCUGAUAUAUCGGUAUUGGUUCCUGUUGAUUCAAUGUCUCGUAGUGUAUCAUGGUUAGCAACUGAAGCAUAUCGUCGACGUCAAAUUCUUUUGGGAUUUAAUUCUAAUAUUCCUAUCACAGAAUCCGGUGAACAAUUAGUUCGUCUAUGUACCAGAGAUCGAGCUCUAUUACUUCCUUCAGAUCGUUUAUUUUCAAUUAUUCCAGUUUUAAGUCAAUCUGGAUCAGUUGUUGAACUUUUAGCUGAAUUAAACGAGUCUGUUGUUACUCAAAAAACUCCAACUAAUCCAUCAAAUCAACAUAUUCAAUCACACUUAAAUUAUGAGUCAAAGUCAAAUAAACUUCCUCAAGAUACUGUAUCACCAUUCCUCCAUUCAGUCAUUGAUAAAGCACGGAAUACUGGAGUUGUGGAUUUAUCAAAUCUUUCUCUAGAAGAUAUAGAAUGUUGUAAAUUGUUAGGUCAACUAGUUCGUGAUGGUGGUAUCCGAGUGAUUACAGAAGUAAAACUUCAGGGUAACUCUUUAACUACAGAUAUUAUAGAUACAAAACAAUUUUCUUCUAUGAAUUGUAUUAAUUUAACAGAUUAUUUAUGUCAACUUUCACUACAUCUGGUUAAAUUAAAUCUAAGUAUGAAUUUAUUCAAUGAACAAUUUUUCAGUCGAUUUCUAUGCUCUUUAUCGAAGAGAUUCAAAGAAGACAAGGGCUCGGAUGUACUUAUGCCACGACUUCUUUAUUUAAAUCUUUCAUAUAAUCCAUUACUUGGUUGUAAUAUGAAACAAGAUAAUUUAGAGAAUACUAAUUCAUUAGAAUAUGACCUGUCAACAAAUCAUAAUAAUUGUUGGAUAAGAUUUAUUGAAACUAUUUUAAAAGUGUUCCCUAAAUUGAAUUAUUUGAAUUUAACUGGAUGUUCACUUGGUGGUACUAAUACAAUGAAUGUAAAUUAUCAAAAUGAACAAAUGUUUCGUAGUUUGUCUACAGAUUCAUUUGUAUCCUGUUUAUCAGAAUUGGAUUUAAGCUGGAAUCCUCAAAUCUCUCCUAAUCAAUUAAAUUAUUUAUUAUCUAUGAAUUGUUUAAAAGCUUUAAAAUGUUUACGUUUAAGAGGAUGUUCUACAUUUCAAAGCAUUUCAACAAAUAAACAAUGCCCAAUAAAUCUUCCUGUUAGUACACUGGAAGUAUCAUCUUUAAGUUGGUUAAAUAAUAAUUCAUCUGAAGUGUUUAUGAAAAAUUUGGAAAAAUUUAAUACUUUCAAGGAAUCCUCGUUUGGUGAUCAAUUAUUGAAUUCAAUUUGUUCAGCAUUAAUUAAAGGAAAUAUUCGCUUACAAAUAUUGGACAUGGGUCAUUGUCAACUAACUUAUCAUUGUUUAACUAGUUUGAAAAGUUUGUUUGGAACACCUGGAAUAUCUAUAACCACGCUAAUAAUUGAUCAUAAUCCAAUGUUAAGAAAUGUAGUUGUUUCAAAUAAUUGUCCUUUUCCAUCAUGGAUUCAAAUACUUCAGGCUAUUGCUCAACCGGCUUCAGCAGUAGUUAGUUUAACAAUUGAUUUACCUGAAAUCCCUGAUAAUAAUUCAGAUGCUUUAACUGCUGCAUUCAAUUCAGUUGAAGCAAAACUACUACCAACUAUAUCAUCGACACCUUUACAAGAAUUAGUUAUUAUUUAUAAUGAAGUAAGAAUCAAUGAUGAUUGGACUGUUGAGAAUUUUUCUAAUCAUAAUAAUAAGUCAAUGAAAUCCCGUUUCCUUUUUAUGUUAUCCAAUUUGUUCACUAAACGUUUUGGUAAAAUGAUAAAAAUUACGAAAAAAAAAUUUUGUGUUACAUUUAGCAUUUUGUGAUUUUUUUUAUUAUUAUUUUUUUAAUUUUUUUAAUUUUCUAGUCUUUUCAUGAAUUAUCUAAAAUACUGUUUUAUUUACAUUAUUAUUCGGAUGAAUAUAUGGUUGCCUAGUGUCUCUAUAGUGAUUCGUUCUCAGAAAUCAUUUUUUACGUCGAGCGUUGUCUUUUAACCACAUUAUGUUUAAAAGUAUGCAACUUCAAAUACAAUGUAUUCGAUGUAUUACAGAAUCUCCCUAGUUUGGGAAAAUUUUGUGUCAAUCCUUCAAGUUCGAUGAUGUACCUUCAAACCUUCGAGAUUUCUCUAGAUCUGUACAAAUGUUUGGAUUUUUGUUCAGUUUCUUCAAAAUUUCCCUCGAAUGUUCUAUAGCGAGUUUCCAAAGACAGAGGAAAAUCUCCCCAUUUUGGGGAGAUUGGGCAUACACUUUUACUAGAUUAACAACAAAAAUAGAGUAGUAAAAUGUCAGUUAAAUAGUUAAGCUUUAUCAUCGUUUCAAACUCUUUUUUCACCAAACGACUUGUUUAAAAAAUUAUUACUUUUAUAUUGCUGGACAUUAUGAUGAGAUAAAGAAUAAGAGAAAAAAUGUGAUCAGAAGUAAGUUAACAAAACAAUUAAACAAAAUUCGGAUGAUAAUGAAGACAGGUGUUCACGUUAGACAGACAAGAAAAAAAAGAUGGUUGACACUAUUUCUGACAGUAGUGUACAAGUUGAAGUGGGGACUUAAUACUAUUCAGUGAAGUCUUAUAAUGUUACCUGCUGUCCCAGAUAGUGUAGAGUUCGUAUAUUACACACAAUCGUUUGCUAAUUGCUUGGAGCUUUCUACUGACAAGACUGAUAAAGUAAGCUGGGAAGGCGUUUAACAUGGGAUAGAUACUUAGUGAGAAAAGGUGGUUUUUUACUAGGGUAAACACGUAGGUGAAUAGGAGUUAGGGUUAGAAUCCAUAGUAAAUCGAAGGACAAGGAUCUUGCUUUACUAGCAACAGAGGAUCUGAUUAUCGCUUAGCUUGUAUUUGUUACUGAUAUCAUGUCAUAUUAGGGCCAGUUUGUACUUUGUAGGGUCGAUGGUUUGUAUUCUCUAAAAACUAGUCAUAUGUUAUUUGACUCAAUAGGUCGUUUAUGUUUGCUCAUAAAAACGGGAACACAAUCGUCAAGCUAAGUAGAACGCAUUCGGGGUGAAAACAACAUUUCAGUAGCCAUGAAAUUGUUCCCACCCACGGUAUGUCAUUUACAAAGCCGCCGACAAAUUAUGAGCAAGUGAAGGGAAUUCACAGUAAUGGAAAAAAUUAUUUUAAGCUUUAUACGGUCACAGAUGCAUCUGGCUUGAUGUAGCUAUAUAUUCAUGCUUUUUAAUUAGUACUUUUUGAAACAGCAGCAAAUUCACCAGCAAAAUCAAUCAAACCACACGUGAUGGGGAAGCUAUGGAAGAGACGCAAACGUUUACGUUACCUGAGCAGCAGUUUUGAUGGUCAGUUAGGAUCUGAUGCAAAUGUUAAGACAAGAAUUGACAAAUCAAGGACAGCACUCCUACAAUUGGUGAUCAUCUGCAACUCAAAACAACUGUCUACCAGCGCCAAAGUCGAAAUCUUCAACACGAACGUCAAGACAGUUCUACUUUACGGAACUGAAAAUAAAACCGCUAAAUCCACCAUCAAAAAGUGCAGGUAUUUAUAAAAAAUUGUCUUUGCAAGAUAGUGAAUGUCCAUUGGCUCGAUACCAUCAGCAAUAGCCUACUGUUACAGGAAAGCAAAUCAGCUUCCACUUGACGAGGAAAUUAGGAAGAUACGCUGGAGGCGGAUAGGACAUACAUUGCGAAAAUCAUCAAACUUCACCACGAGGCAAGCGCUUUUUGGGAUCCUAAAGGAGAAAUGAGAAGAGAAAGACCAGGGGGCACAUUUCGUUGGAAAUUGCAAGCAGACAUGAAAAGGAUGAAUAGAAACUGGAAAUGACUGGAAUGGAUUACCCAGGACAGAGUUGAAUGGAGAAUGCUGGUGGUCGGCCUAUACACCUCCAUGGUGGAUUACAGGCGUAGCUGAAGAACACUCAUCUUAACGUUAAUGCAUGAUUAGAAAUCUCUUGUUAUGAACAGUUGGGGUUAUUUAUUGUGGAAGGCGUUCAGGAUUUACUUAAACUGAUGUACUUAUUCAUAUGAUACAGAUGCAGUGGUUAAUCAGCAAGUUAUUAACAAAGAACUAGUUACGUUGCCAGAAAAUAUAGCUAGCAAGAUGCAAAGUGAAAUGCCAUUACUGAAUGAAUCUAUUGGUCGAACAUCACCUUCACAAACGAAAGAAAAGUUUGAAAAAUACACAUCGGAUCAUAGAAUUAUGCGUCGGAUUGUAGCUGAAGAUCCUAACUAUAAUUUAACUAUUGUACCACCGUUAGUUGAUUUGUGCUUAAAACAUUGCACAGAAAAUUUUGAAUAUAAUCCAAUACCAUUUAUGUAUAUGAAUGAAAAACAAAAACGUCGAUUAUUAGAUGCUUUACCACCGAAUUUAUCAUUAAAAGUAAUAUCACAUAUUAUUGAUGAUAAUGAUCCAUAUUGGAUACGUUGUUGCUAUGCAAAAUGGCCAAUUAUUGAUAUCACCCAAUAUGAUGGAUCAUGGAAACGUGCAUAUUUUGAACGUUUAUUAGAAGAAAUUAUUGAAACAUUUAUACCCGGUACAACAUAUACAUCCCGUUUAGAGGAAUGUGUUCAUUAUGCUGCACCAUAUAUUCAACGUCUUAUUAUUCAACAACUUUUACCUCCAUUAAAACAAAAAAAUAAACAAACUAAAUUGGAUGAUGAUUCCGGUACUGAAAGUGAAUUAGAACAAUCUCAUAUACCAUUACAAAUGGAUCAUUUAAAUUUCAGUUUAAUAUUAGAAAAAUUAUUUAAUUUAAAUGAAUUAAGUAUAACUUAUACAAUAAAAGAUUGUGGAAUGAAUUUUGAAUGGUCAUUAUUUCAAUUUACAAUAAAUGAUUGUUUAAAUUUAUCAAAAGCAAUACAACAACAUUCACAUUUAAAAAUAUUGAAUCUUAUCAAUAGUCAUGUUAAUUCUGAACAAUGCCGUUUAUUAGCAACUCAUUUACAAAAUCAUCCAACAUUAGAAUGUUUAAAUUUAUCCCAUAAUUCAAUUGGUUAUCAUGGUAUACGUGCAUUAAGUAAAUUAUUAACUGGUAAAAAUCAUAUUAAAUCAUUAAAUUUAACAAAUAAUCAUUUAAAGUCAACAAGUGGUUUAACAUUAGCUUAUGCACUUUCACAAUCAGAUUGUCAUUUAAUACAAUUGAAUUUACGUAUGAAUAAAUUACAAGAUGAUGGAGGUAUUGCUUUAGCGAAAGCAUUAAUUCAAAAUUCUACAUUGAAAGAACUUAAUUUAGCAGUAAAUGAUUUACAUGAAAAUACAGCAACAUAUUUUGGACAUGUACUUACACAGAAUAGUACAUUGACUCAUUUAGAUUUAUCAAAUAAUCAAAUAGGUGUAGUUGGCAGUAAAAAGCUUCAAGAUGGAAUGGAUCAGAAUUCAUCUUUGAUUCAUUUAGAUUUACGUUUCACUGGUAGUAGUCAAGAAGCGGAAUAUGCAAUAAGUCAACGGAUUGAAAUGAAUCAAGCAAUGAACUAUAAAUUACAACAAGAAAUUUCUGAUACAUAUCAGUGUAUACCAUGUGAAAUUACAAGUGUAGCUCGAAAACAACGAUCAAUUGUAGAACAACUUGGUGAAAUACCUUUCACAUCUUUAAGAAUAUAAGAUUAAUGAAAGAAAUAGAUAGAAUUUAAUACUUAAUCGUUUGCAAAAAAGAAAACUUGAAGAAAGAAAAA